AUGGCGCAUGGAAGGGGAAGGCGCCUCCUCCUCCUCUCUCCUCUCCUCCUCCGCCCAUGGCGGGCGCGGGCGCGUGUCCACUGCUCACAUAACUCCAAUGCCCUUUGUGCGCCUGAUAGUGCACCUGACCCAACUGCAACAUCUGGUCCGACUCCUACUGUGUUGCAAUUUACUGUAUCAGCUUCUUCAUACAGUGCGCCUGUUAGUGCACCUGACCCAACUGCAACAUCUGAUCCGGCCUCUACUGCUGCUUCAAUCAACAACAUUGAAGCGAAUCCUUAUGGUCAAGCUGUGUCAAACCUUGUUGCUAGUGGCAAUCUAGAAGCAACGGUUCAAUCAAUUCUUGAAAUGGGUGGAGGAGCAUGGGAUCAGGACACCGUUGUGCGGGCUCUACAAGCUGCAUACAACAACCUGGAGCGGGCUGUUGAAUAUUUAUAUUCUAGGGUUUCUGAGCAGGUAGAGUUCCCUGCUGCUCUUGCAGCCCCUCCUGCAAGCGGCCAACUAGUUGAUCCAGUUCAGGCUCCACAAUCAGCACAACCUGCAAUUCCAUCAUCUGUACCUAAUGCUAAUACCCUGGACCCGUUUCCUCAGGUGGUGGAAAUCUUGAUGUUCUACGAAACAAUACACAAUUCAGAGCCUUUGCUUCAAGAACUGGGGAAACAAAAUCCACAGAUCAUGCAGCUGAUCCAGGAAAACCUAGCUGAGUUCCUGCGUUUAAUCAAUGAUGAUCCUGCUGAUGGAGCUCUUGAACAAAUGGGCUUCGACCUAGAUCUAGUUCUGGAGGUUUUCUUUGCUUGCGACAAGGAUGAGCAUUUAGCGGCCAACUAUCCGUUGGACCACAUGAACAAGUUUGAUGACGAAGCUCAACAAUAG